CUUUUAUGGAGGACGAACAGAGGCAGAGGUGGACGCUCGCGGCAGACUCCGGAUUGACCCUGCAGGAAGAGUACCUCGAAGACUUCGAGGAGAUUUUCUCCGCACUGAGCGCAUAUAAGGCGAUGCAUCCUGAGCUCGUGUACGAGUUCUCCCUCAAGGACAAGGCUUACCCUCCCGACAUUGAUGCUGCCGAGCUGGAACCAUACCUCCGCAAAGCCCUUCCCAUGAUCAUCGAGACAUAUGGCAUGCUUCGCUCUAUAUCAAACAAAGUGGACAGUCGGGACGCUGUCAAUGAAGCGACAUGGCGAGUUCCCAUUGACGCACUACACAUGAACCUUUUCAGCAAUAAGAAGCACGCAUUCAGGGGCGAGCUCCGAAACCUCACCGGUUGGACAAGUGCGAGAGUGAAGGCGGACGGAAAUGACCAGUAAGUGCAACUUUCCACCGCGUGCCAUGGCACUCAGCAACGAUCAGGAUGGAACGCACUUUGAAGCUUCCGUUGAAUCUGGCCUACCACCGCCAUCUUGAUCAGGGCGACAAGCACCGCGUGUACUGGGGGCUACAGCUGCACGACCGCAUCGCAGAGGAGAAUAGAGGCGUUCACUUGCUACGUCUGGUGGAUCGGCUGGCACCCCUCCUUGGCAGCAAUCGCAAGGACGACAUCCCGAAAGAAGAAAUGGUAGUCGGUCCAGAGAGGGCCAGCGCCGUGGGGGGGAAAAUGAGAGCAGCCAGAGACGAGGAAGCAUUGAAGGACAGCGCAAACGCCCGAG